AAUUGAUUGAUCUUCCCGGACACUGUUAUUGGAUCUAAAGAGCCUCAUUUCAUGCUUCAAGCCCUGAAACACGACUAGUACCCCUGCUUGAAGUCUCGCCGACUGAUUUAGAUUUAUGCCAUCGCCACCUGUGCCGGAUCACGGGAACCAUUCGCCGGGUUCAUACUGUAGAAUAAUGCAAGCCCAUCAUCAUUGCUUAUGUUUAUAUAGUUCUCUAAAAGAUGAACCCGCGGGAAAUAUUAUUAUAUGAUACUCAACAUCAAUAAUAAUUCCAUCGUUGGCUGUAGAUCUCGAUGUUGCAGCAGCAGCAACCAAUCAGGGGCCUAGGCGGCAGCACUAGCCGUUGACCCUGCCGUGACAGCCUCAAGAAUCACUCCCAAAUUCCCUCCCAGGCUCGCACCACCCUGCAGUCCUGCCGAUAAAAACGACUGGCGGCGAGCUCGAUCGAGUCGCAUCGCAGCCACCAGCCUUCUUUCAUCAUGGCCGUCAGAAUCAACAUCCCUCCGGCCACACGAAUCCUCUUGAUCAGCCAGCUGACCCUCUCCUUUUUGUACAACGUCGCCCGAUGGAGACAGCUUGACGUUUCGGCCACUGCAUCGCAGAAAUCUCCCAUCGUUCCAUAUUUAACGCUGGUCCCUUCCCUGUUCUACUACUACCCCUGGACCCUCUUCACUGCGACCUUUGUCGAACAGAACAUUUUCACAGUUAUCCUGAACGGGGCAACUCUCUUCUAUGGCGGCAAGUACCUCGAACGAGCCUGGGGCUCUCGCGAGUUUGGGAAAUUCAUCCUCGCCAUCGCGCUCAUUCCCAACACGCUUAUUAUUCCCAUUUAUUUGUUCUGGGCUGGUGUGACUGGCAGUAGUCUCCGAGGUCUUACUCAAAUAUGCGGCGGCGUGGCCCUUCAAGGCUCUUUCCUCGUCGCUUUCAAACAGCUUGUCCCUGAACACACCGUUACCAUCCUGAAGGGGAUUAUUAAGAUGCGCGUCAAGCACUUCCCUGCCAUUUUCUUACUCGUCAAUACUAUCAGCGGAUUCAUCUUCGGAACCGAUACUGCCGCAGUUCUAUCAUGGCUAGGCCUCCUAACAAGCUGGACCUAUCUCCGAUUUUACAAACGUCAGCCAGAUCUCACUGGUACCUCCACCAACGGCUUGGGCCUCAAGGGCGAUGCUAGUGAAACCUUCACCUUCGCCAGCUUCUUCCCCGAUGCUGUCCAACCCCCAAUUUCUUUCGUCGCCGAUCAAAUUUACGCUCUCCUCGUUGCAAUGAAAGUCGUCACUCCAUUCUCGGCCGAGGAUAUCGCUUCCAGCAAUGAACAUGCAAUCGCCCGUGGCCAGGCUGGUCUUCCGUCGCUUCUGAGCAAUGCUGGCGGCAACGUCAGGGGUAUGGCGAAGCGCGAGGAAGCUGAACGACGACGUGCUCUUGCACUUAGGGCCUUGGAUCAGAGACUUCAAGCGGCUACUGGUGGUAAAAGCCAAGCGGCACCCAACCAUCCGUCCCCCGCGUCAUCACAAACAACAGCCCCAACUGUCCCGCUGGGACAAAGUAUGCUUGGGGAAACUAGUUACACACCAGAUCACUCAUGACCGGAGCUCGAUACGAAAUUACAUCAUUGACACUGUAUAUUUAUGUAUGGGGAUUGGUCAUUGAUUUACCAUAUCUUUGACACUUUGUUCGGCCUUUCACCCUAAUGCUGAGAACGGUUGGCGCAAAGCAAUAACAGAAGCUGUCAUUGCGCGUCUUUUUGGACUGCAUCCGAAGGAGUUUGGAGAUACCAUAUACCAGCGGGGGCUGGAGUUUUGCCUCUGGCCCUUUUC